AUGUCCGAAAUCGUCAUACCCACUAGAGAUACAUCAAGGAAGAAGAGAGAUGCUAGCAGCGGAGGGGAGAAAGGUGAGAUAUGGUGGUCAAAUGGUAUAUUUUUCGUAUCGAUCCACCUAUUCGCCUUGAUCGGGGCGAUCUACCUCUCUCCUCUUGCUUCCAUCGACCCGAAGACAGCUGUGCUGUGUUUCAUCUCUUGGCAAUUAGCUUCUUUCGGAAUCACGAUAGGAUACCAUCGUCUCUGGUCUCAUCGCGCUUUCACAGCUACCGCACCCCUCCGAAUCGUCUUAGCUUGGAUGGGUUCAAUGGGAUUUCAGGGGAGUAUCAAAUGGUGGGUUUUGAGACACAGGUUGCAUCAUAGAUUUACCGAUUCAAAUCUCCACGACCCAUACUCUGCUUCCAAAGGAUUAUGGUUUUCUCACUGCGGGUGGAUAUUCCGCAAACCUUCUUAUCCAAGGAUGAAAUCGAUUGAGAGGGGUGAUUUGGAGGCUGAUCCAGUCGUUCGCUUUCAACACAAACAUUACGUUCCAAUCGCAUUGUUCUCAGGUUUAAUCCUUCCUGCUCUGAUAGCUCAUUGGGGAUGGGAUGAUUGGUUGGGCGGUUUGGUAUGGGGUGGAGCUAUAGCCAGGUUGUUGAUUUGGCAUACCACGUUCUGCAUCAAUUCGCUGGCUCAUUGGACGGGAUUGCAGCCCUAUACUGAGGAGGUCACGGCUAGAGGGAACUAUCUGUUAGCUGUUCUGACAUCUGGCGAAGGAAAUCACAAUUUUCAUCACGCUUUCCCCAAAGACUUCCGUAAUGGACCACAUCCAGCGGACUGGGAUCCAUCGAAAUGGUUCAUCUGGGUAUUACACAAGUACACCUCUCUUGUUCCCACUAUUGCUCGUACACCCGAAAGCGCCGUCAGAAAAGCUCGAGCUAGGGUAUACAUGGCUCAAGCUGAUCGAUUGACCGAGGCUUUACCACCCCACGAGAUGGUCAGACCUACAAACGAUCUGCCAGUAUGGUCUCGAGCGGAGGUAAGAAAGAGACAUGGGGAGUAUGUGAAAGAGGAGCAUGGGGUGAGAAGAAGGGUGUUGGUGUUGCUGGAAGGGUGUGUAGUGGAUGUUGGAGGGUAUCUGGAAGACCAUCCUGGUGGGAAUGAUCUCCUCUUAUCUCACUGCGUUCUCCCUCUUCCCUCCGAAAACGCAGACGAUCUCGAUAUUGAUUCUGGCUACGCUUCUUCCGAGCUGGCUUCUCCUCCCCAGCACAAGAUCUCACUUUCAUCGCCCGAAAUAGACGAGGUCGACCAGAUUGUUUUCAAAGAUGCUACGAGGGCGUUCUUCGGUGGUAUGAACAAUCAUAGUGGUGCUGCGAAGGAAUGGAUGAGGUGUUUGAGAGUGGCCAGGUUGGAAAAGUAA